CCUCCGAGCGCUGCCCAACACUGACGACAUCUACGCAGAGGAAAAAGUUGAAAUCUAGGGAAACAAUAACAAUAGAUAUAAACGCAAUGCUCUGUCUGUAAUGGCCAGUAGCUCCAGCUCCGAUGAAAGCUGCAAGGCGCCCGAUAACUUCCGCAUCUCGACUGCCUCCACGAACUGCGAGGACGAGGAGGCCAGCGAUGUCGCAGGAUACACAACAAAGCGCAGACCAUUGGCCAAGGAGCUGCUGCUUGUGAAGGAUGCGAGCGCCAAGGAUGCAGGCGUCACCGCGGGACUGGCUGCUCAUCAUAUGCGGUGCCCGCUGUGCCACAGCUGCAGCGCCAGCCGAUUCCACUGUCGCAAUUGCGUCAGAAACGGAAACAUUACUCACAGUCAGGCGGAAAGGCCCGAAAGUCUGACGGAGAAGCAGCAGCGCUAUAUCAACCUGCAGGCGGGGCUGAAAACCUUCAGCACGCGCUAUGAACGCCUCAUCGAGCAGCACCGCUCCAACGAGGAUCGCCUGAUGGCCAUCAAGGCGAAGCGGAAGCAGCUGGAGCUGCUGCAGCAACUAAUCACAGGAUCGGGCCAGAGAUUGCGCGUCCUCGGCGAACGGCGCGAUGAACUGCGUCGGGCCAAUGCCGAGAAGCGAAAGAACCUGCCCAAAUACCCGGACAAGGUUAAAAUGCUCGAGGAUUACGUGCUGGACAGAGUGGAGAAGAUAGAGAAACUCAAGGAGACCCAUCUGGGAUUGCUGGACAGCAUCAAGCAGGCAGCGCGGCGAGGCAUCCAGCAACUGGUCACCUUUGUGUUCCCCAUUGCCGAGGUGGUCCUCAAGGAGGAACAGCAGCGCAGGGCCAGCGUGGAGCGCAGCGAGGAGGCGGAAACCAUAGCGGCACUGGCCGAUGCCAAGAACACCUCGUACAUACGCGGCAAAUGGGUUUUCCAUGGCAGCGGGAUCAGUGAGGUCCAGUACAGGAUAGUGGGUCCUUCGCUUCCCGCCAACGGCGACUAUACCGCCUACCUAGACUGGCUGGCAGACAACAAGGACGACGUUCCGAAGGCUACGGCCAACGAGAUUACGCCCAGUCGAUUCGAGGCCUACCGCAUCGUGGGCGCUCUCACCUACACGGCGCAGCUGACGCAGUUGCUCAGCUUCUACCUGAACGUGCGGCUGCCGCACAAAAUCGCCUACGGAGACUUCUGUCGCAAGCUGCUCAACGAGGAACAGUUCCGACGCAAGAUAUCGCGGCUGAACUCCAACAUCAUGUAUCUGGCCUACACGCAGCAGGUCAAGUUGCGCGCCCUCAACGAGCAUCAUACACUGGAGAACUUGCUGGCCAUCCUGGAUCUGGAGCGCAGUGACCUGGGACGUUUCGGACAUCUGGACGUCACGAAUGCCCCGCUUAUGAAGUCCGUGGAUUCCCUACUAAUCGGCAUCGAAACGGCCACGGAAUCAGAGUCAGAGGAUGAGAACUCCCUGCGCAUGGACUGGGAAGCGGUACCCAGUGUCACUCCGCAGCCAGAGCUGGCGGAUCCCAGCCUGAUGCCAGCGGCCAAUCAGCAAUCCACCAUCGCCUUCGUGCGCAUGGCGGCCACGUCGGUUCUGCGCUGGAUCAAGUGAGUCGCAGCGCAAUCCCCCGAUCCUCCGGCGAUAUCAUCAUCAGGCAGGUGUGUUAUCUUUUACAAAUUAGGCUAAGCUAUCGUUUCUGUGACAGCGUGCCGGAGUUUGUCGGCAGUCGCUGAUUUUAGCGUUAUCUUUUGGUUUACAGAACUAAUUUUGUAUCGAUUCUAUAUACAUUUAUCUGCUGUGUGUAAAGAA